AUGACAGGACAUUGGAGCUAUAACGAUGACGACGAAUGCGGACCACGACAUUGGCCUUCGGGAAAACACCAAUCUCCAAUCAACAUUGAUCUCGGAAAAGUUGAGCGGAAGGACACCCAUGAUUACAUUAAGUUUGUUAACUAUGAUCAUCCAAUUCGCGGCGAAAUCGUUAACAAUGGCCAUUCCGUGCAAAUGACUCCUGAAGUUCGAUCGGAGCAUCCAGAAAUUUAUGGCGGCGGUCUCGAUCAAGUGUACCGCCUCGUGCAAUACCAUUUUCAUUGGGGGGAGAAUGAUAAUGAAGGAUCGGAGCAUACUCUGGGAGGGCUUCGCUACCCUGGAGAGCUUCAUCUUGUGCACCAAGGUGUUGAAGAUCCAAGCAAGCUUGCCGUUGUUGGAGUGUUCUUGCAAAUCGGACGGCAUGGAAAAGCUUUGGAAAACGAGGAAAAUGUAUUGGGAAAACUUAAAGAUCCUGAAGCGGUUACGCAAAUCAAAAAUGUAAUUUUAAGCAAGAAGCUUCCAAAAAAUAGACGAUCAUUCUGGAGAUACGAGGGAUCUCUUACCACACCGCCUUGUUCGGAAAUCGUAACCUGGACAAUUUUCACCGAACCCGUAGAAGUAACUCAUAGCCAAUUGGAGCUAUUCCGUCAAGUCGAAGAUGACCGUAGGCGUCCGAUUAAGAAGAACUAUCGCCCAGUUCAACAUCUAAAUGAUCGAAAAGUUGUCCACAUUGUCGCUAAGUAA